CCCUCAUAAUCUCAGCCUCAAACCCUAAAUCUCACUCUGUUCUCUUCCUUUUCUCCGCCGCACAUCUCUUCCUUUUCUCCGCCGCACAACCGAGCUUGAGUUUUCAAUCAUGGGAAGAGUUCGCACCAAGACUGUCAAGAAAUCCUCCCGUCAAGUCAUCGAGAGGUACUACUCUCGAAUGACACUCGAUUUCCAUACCAACAAGAAGAUUCUCGAAGAAGUCGCUUUGAUUCCAUCAAAGAGACUCCGAAACAAGAUUGCUGGGUUCUCCACUCAUCUGAUGAAGCGGAUCCAGAAAGGACCGGUCCGUGGAAUCUCAUUGAAGCUGCAAGAGGAAGAGCGCGAGCGUCGCAUGGAUUUUGUUCCUGAUGUGUCGGCGAUUAGGACUGAACGCGUUGAAGUCGAUAAGGAAACUCUGGAAAUGAUUGCUGCUCUCGGUAUGGCUGAACUUCCCGGAGUUGUUCUGGCUGAACCGGUUCCGGUUCAGGCGGCCCCCUUCGGCCGCGGCGUUGGUGGUGCUGCUGGUGGAAGGAGGUAUUAGGUUUAAGUUUAAGUUUUCUAUUAAUUUUUGUCAUCAUGUUGAGACUUUUAGUUUUGAUUUACAUUUGAUGAUUUUGAAACUGGUUUAAGUUGUAAUGGAAUUUAUCUAUUUUUAUUUUGCUUGGUUUUGUUAAUUCCCAUUGAAUCGUAUGAAUUUAUAAUAUAGUUGGAUUAUUAAUUUUGA